GAACAGCAAAAUGACAGUCGUCGUCUUCAUCAUCUACCCUGCUGCUGUUAAUAAUUUUAAUGUUGAGACCCUCCGUGGCUCAGCCAUCGGGAAACAGAUUUCGGAUUCAGUGGAUGAGAUCAACAUUACGUUGAAGAAUCGCCUCCUCGAUUUUGCCUCUCGGUACUUGCUCUUUUUGAAUGAAAGGGGACAACUUCCUGGGACAACCGACAUCCUGACCCCUGACGAUAUACUCAAACUAAAAACAUGCAUAAAGAGUGCUCAAAGGACUAGUCUACCCCCCGUUUGUACUCACAAUAUGGUCUACGACGGUUGCGACCCAGUGCUCACUGAUAUUCGCCGCUGCAAUCUGAUCAACGCCCCAGAACACCGAGUCAAGGUGUUGGAGUGCUUGUAUGCCGUGGUCUUCCACCCAGAAUUUCUGAAUUCGUUCAACCCUCUAUUGCCAAUGGAGUACUUGGAAUUCAUUCGCGGAUGCCAUUUGGGGAUUUUUCCAUCCUAUUACGAACCUUGGGGGUAUACACCCGGUUUACCCUUUUAA